UCUCCCUAGUCCUACCACUAUCAUUUCCAAGCAACUGGUAUUUGUACACGACUCAAUGUAUGACUAUCUCGAGCUGUAUUCAAUCCCUGUCAACAGCGGCCUUGAUACAAGCAGUGAGGUUGCAAGAGCAAAUGCCGCCUGAUUUGUGCCUUAGUGCCUUAUGCACGGCCCCAGCGUUCGCAUUGUUUGUUUUUGUCAACACUAAUCAAUGUUUCCAAGGUUGUUCACUACGAUAUUAGUGGACCGUAAAACUGUACGGUACAUCUACAAACGCUCCAUAGCUGUGCGACCACUUGCUACCGACUCACCUCCAUAGUAGUCUAGCUAAUCCACCCGUUGAGGUAUCAUUCACAAUCACAUUCACGUUCCUAGAAAACAUCAGCACGCACCCGCAGCGCAAACUUAUCGAAGAUACCAAUUACGAUGUCGACGCAGAAUUCUAGUGAUACCCUAGCCAAGCUGGCAACCAGAACAGGGCCUCAGCUCGUACUUCAAUCUUCCCUUCUUCUACGUGUCGUUCCAGACUUACGCGCCACAUCCGUAAGUGAGCUUGGAAAUGUCAUUUCUCGACUAUGCGGUCUGCUAUGUCUUUGCAGGCCUUAUGAGAAUAUGGCUCCGAUCCCUGGGAGUUAUUUUGGCGCCCAGGACGUCUUCAGCGAUGUGCUGACUGGCUGUAAUGAUGUCUUCCAUGGGUUGAAGGCAGUGCUGAGGGCACUGGAGCAAAGUACGGCUGGUGUUGGAUUGAAAAGAGAGAAAACCUUGAGUCAAGAGGAGAAGCACCAGCUGAAGCACGCACUCAGGGAACUGGGGAAGUAUGAGUUGAGCGUGGAGCUGUUCAUUUGCGAAGCGAAGGUUGCUGAGUUGGAAGAUGGCUGUGAUCGCUCAAAGUACUCUGCUAUGAGGCCGUUGAAGACCGCAAUCAAGACUUUGGAGUCUCAGCUCAAUACCUACCGGGACAAGGAGAUACCUACCAACCACUGUGUGCAGACCUCUCCUUCGUCCCCAACUUACACAGACUUGAGACGCAGCAAACCUUCAGCCCCGCUAGCAUCGGCUUCUGGCAGUGAUAACCCAUUCCUCCGACCUAGCCACAACGAUUGGACACCUCCCAAUUCCGACAGACCGCAAUCGACGUUCACUGAAGACAUAGUCCGCGAGACCCAGCCAUCUCUGCAGCACACACCAAGCCCCAAAACAUGCUUUGUUUCGGGAAUCCCAAAACAGUUCCGCUCCUCUGAUAUGCCUCUCAAGCUCCCGAAAGCCAACGCAAGUUGCGGAAUAAUUCCUACGAAAUCGGAUUCAGAGCCGGCUCGGCAACCCCCACCUGCAACUCCAAUAAGAUACGGCUCAGCAUCGUUCAUUCAACCAUCGCCGACCCCGUGGGGUAAACUUCCGAAGCCAAUUUCCGUCAGCGGGCCUAAUCCAUUCCUGGCAUAUGCGAACGCGCACGAAGGCUCGAAUAAGGCAAGGGUGUUUCUCUCUCCUGCUAAGAUGCAGAUACCAAAAUUUGCCGAAAGGGAUGGAACGAAAGAGCAAAUGUCUUGCCAGGAUCCUGCUGUGGGUAGGAUAAGCACUGGGGACGAAGUGAGCGCCGCUGGUGACGAGACUUUUGCUGAUGGAGGAACGGAGUACCACGAUGCUGAAGACAGAUGAACUUACGAAGUAAGCAGUUCAUGAGGAGCCAGAUAAAGGUAAUGCAAGAAGUGUUUCUCAUAAAUGGCGAUAUGCGAGGGUGUAAGGAGUGACGGACAGGUGUUUCGGUAUCAGAGAGACGCCAGUAUCAAGAACUGUACCAUUGAACUGCGUAAGACGGAGGAAU